AUGGGCCUCUUGUUAUCCCUGCCCUUCACGGGUAUCCUGGGGACCGUCGCUACAUCAUGUAUAGGCGGUCUCGCCUUCUGUUUCACUUCGACGGCUGCGUCGAUGUUCUUCAAGUCAUGUAAUUGUAACUCCUCCAUCGCAACGCGGGUUGGUUUUGCGAUCAUCUUUUGCCUGAACUCAAUGUUCGCAUGGCUCAUGAAGACACCACUCGCGAUUCAAACCAUCGAGAGAUGGAGUCAUGGCUACUUGGAGAUGGACUGCGACGGCGGUCGAUGUUAUGGUGUACUGGCGGUCCACCGGAUAUGCUUCGCUCUUUCGCUCUUCCAUUUCAUCCUCGGUGCCUCCCUUGUCGGCGUGAAGGACACCAAAGACAAGCGUGCGUCCAUUCAGAACGGCUGGUGGGGCCCGAAAGUCUUCCUCUGGCUUGUCCUCGUGGUCGCGUCCUUCUUCAUCCCGAACGGCUUCUUCAUGUUCUGGGGCAACUACGUCGCCCUCAUCGGCGCGACUAUCUUCAUUCUCCUCGGCCUCGUUCUCCUCGUCGACUUUGCGCACUCCUGGUCCGAGACCUGCCUCGAAAACUGGGAGAACUCCAACUCGAAUCUGUGGCAGUGGGUUCUGAUCGGGAGCACGGCGGGUAUGUACGUCGCUGCUAUCACGCUGACGAGCGUGCUCUAUGCGUUCUUCGCGGACAGCGGCUGCACGCUCAACCGGUUCUUCAUCUCGUUCAACCUCGCGCUCUGCAUCCUCAUCACGAUCGUGUGCGUGCAUCCGGUCGUGCAGGAGCACAACCCCCGCAGCGGCCUCGCGCAGGCGAGCAUGGUUGCUGCGUACUGCACCUACCUCAUCACAUCCGCCGUCGGCAACCACACGCAUGAGACGUGCAACCCGCUGAGGAAGGGCGGCGUCGGCGAGGGAGCAAAGAACACCACUGUCGUGCUCGGCGCCCUGUUCACCUUCCUGGCUAUUGCCUACUCAACCAGCAGGGCGGCGACGCAGAGCCGUGCGCUGGUUGGCAACAACAAGAAGGGUGCCAUCGAACUCUCGAAUGAUGACGGGCAUGCGGAGAUGGGCGUCGUGAACACUCAGCCGGGCCGUACGGAGUCUCCUAGGUAUCAGGCCUUGUUGGCAGCUGUGGAGGCAGGUGCUAUCCCCGCUUCUGCACUCGAUGAAGACGAGGAAGAGGACGAAGAUGAGGUUGUCGGAGAGACCCGAGACGACGAACGCACCGGCACACGAUACAACUACUCUUGGUUCCAUAUCAUCUUCGCCAUGGGCGCGAUGUAUGUCGCCGUCCUGCUGACAGACUGGAACGUGGUCAAGACCGAGCCCGGCCCCGACGACGACGUCUACAUCGGCCGCUCGGAGAUCGCCAUGUGGGUCCGCGUCGUGUCGAGCUGGGUCUGCAUGGUCCUGUACAUGUGGAGCCUGCUUGCGCCGGUCAUCAUGCCGGAUAGGUAG